AUGUGCCAAUGUUUUGAAAUUGGUUUUCCAAUAAACCAAGAUAAGCAAUUAUAUAAAAAUGCUUCUGUUGGAGGUACCGAAACAGAUGCAAAUAAUGGAUCUUGGCCACCUACAUGGAUUUUGAUAUUUACAAUAGGCAUAAUUUUCGUGAUAGUGUUUGCUCUCUACCGGCGUUCCAAAAAAUCAAUACCAAAGAACAACAAUUAUUUUGCACUUGAACCUCGUAAUACAUUGGUAGACGAAGAUUCUAUAUUACACCGAGGUUUACUUGCCGAAGAAGAGGAAGACACAGCUCCUUUAGAUGAUAACGUAUUAAGAAGUAAUACCACGAGAUAUAAAGAUGACGACGAAAAUUUAAAUAGGAAUGUUGAAGUCUUGGAUACUAAUGACAAUGACAAUCAGAGUGUAACUAGUUUUGUUGAUACACCUGUGACAUUCCCUGAGGAACAACAGCAACAACAGCGACAAAAUAUUUUUAGUAUUAUGGAUGAAGAAGAGGAUGAAGAAGAGAAUGCAUAG